AUGAAAUCGCCACUACCACAAGCAAUUGCGUAUGCAGCCGUACAGGCAUAUUUCCAGCUUAGUUCUGCAACACAAUGGUGUCAGCAAAUUGAAGACUUCGAUCUUGUUCUAUUAUAUGAUCGAAUAGUCAAUAUGUUCGAAGGCGAUAGUACUAACAAGCAAUGGGCGCAAGAAACACUCGACCAUUGGAAGUUAGAGACUCCUGGACUCCUGCGGCGUGGGCGCUCCAAGGCUAGAAUAGAUGCAGGACUUCAUGCAUUUGAAAGCGAGGAUGACAUGGAUGAUUUUUUGAAUCUGAUGAGCGCUUUCCUGAUAGUGGAGAACAGGGCUCACAAGAUAGGACUGAGAACAGCGGCAAUGCAGGGAACUGUCACAACCCCUUAA